AGUUUCGACUAGAUUCGCGACACAUCGGAGCGGCUCCGGCGGGAGCCGAACCUGACCCGUCAUCCGAUCGGUGUGAAGUGAGUCGCGCGCGCGGAGCCGGCGGAGCACAGUGAAUAGCGGCGGUGGAUCGUGUUCGUGUCGGCGUGUCGUUUCUGUGCAAAAAAGCGGAGUCAGCGACGGCACCCGACGCCAGUCAUCCCUUGGUGUUCGGAAAAAUCGGCGGCCGCGUCUUGAGUCGCAACGAUACGGAAAGGAAGAAAGAGGCAGACGUCAGGCGAGGAAAAGAGUACAAUCAGGAUCCCGUGACAUUGUCAAUGAAACCCGGUUUAAAUCGUUCGCCCAUCCCGGUGAAUGUCAAUUGAAGAAUAAACACGAGUCAGAAUGCAAACUCGACAGAUCCUAGGCGUAUGCCAUCGUUUGAUAGAAUUAAUUGUGAGAGGAAUAUCACUAUUAGUUGCUUUUGUCAGAGGACCGGCGCAAUCUCAACCACCCAUCAAAGAUUUAACUCUCUUGCACAGCACAACCACUUUAGCGUUAAAAAUUCGAAAUAGACAAUUAACUUCCGAAGAUGUGGUAUCUUCGUAUAUAGAAAGAAUAAAAGAGAUUCAACCGAUACUCAACUGUGUAGUCGCAGAAUGCUUUGAAGAAGCUCUUAAAGAAGCAAGAAAAUGCGACGAACUGUUAAAAUCUCAGGAUGCUCCGUCCGUGGAGUUUCUGGCCAAAGAAAAACCAUUAUUUGGCAUACCUUUCACCACCAAGGACUGUAUUGCAGUCAAAAACAUGCAGCAAACGGCCGGUCUAGUUAUACGUAAAAACACUAUCGUUGAUAGAGAUGCAGACGUGAUAAGAUUAAUAAGAUCAGCUGGAGCCAUACCUCUGGCACUGACAAAUAUUUCAGAACUGGCAAUGUGGUGGGAAAGCAGUAAUUGUCUAUUUGGUAUCACUAAGAAUCCGUAUAAUACAAGACAUAUUGUGGGCGGUUCUUCGGGCGGUGAAGGCUGUAUACAAGCAGCAGCUGGAUCACCAUUUGGAAUUGGUUCGGAUAUUGGUGGCUCUAUUCGUAUGCCGGCAUUCUUCAAUGGAAUUUUUGGUCAUAAGCCAACUAAGGGAAUUGUUUCGAAUGAUGGUCAAUAUCCUAGUGCACAUAGUGAUGAUCAAGAUCAAUUACUCGCCAUUGGACCAAUGUGUAGAUUUGCACAAGAUUUAACAUUAAUUCUUAAAAUUAUCACAGAUAAAAAUGCCGAUUUAUUGAAGUUAAAUCAGAAAGUGGAUAUUUCGAAAAUCAAGCUCUAUUAUAUGGAAGACGAUGGUGGUCAGUAUCUGAUUUCGCCAGUGGAUCCAGAGAUAAAAACCGCUAUGAAAAGAGUGAUAAAUUAUUUCGAAAAAGCGCACAAAGUUAAAGCCACAAAAGUAAACGUAAAGAAGCUUAAAAAAGGCAUAGCCCUCUGGUUGGCAAACAUGGCAUGCAAGAAUGAGGAAGAUUUUUCAUACGAGCUAACCAAUAGAAAAUAUCAACUUAAUAUCUGGUUGGAAAUUAUUAAAUGGAUGUUAUUUAUGAGCAAUCACACUUUGGUUGCUCUUGUCACUGCCAUAUUCGAAAAAUGCGGCGUAAAACAUGGAAGUGAGAAACAUGUUCGACUUAUGCAACAGAGUAAAGAUCUUUAUCAGGAAUUUAAGGAUAUUUUAGGGGAAGACGGUGUAUUUUUGUAUCCAACACAUCCAACUGCAGCUCCAAUGCACCAUGAACCGUUGUGUAAGCCGUUCAACUUUUCUUAUACUGCAAUCAUUAAUGUAUUAGGCCUACCGGCUACGGCUUGUCCAUUAGGUUUAAAUAAACAAGGACUUCCUAUUGGAAUACAGGUCAUAGCAGGACUUUAUCAGGAUCAUUUAUCUCUCGCUGUUGCGGAAGAAUUGGAACGAGGUUUUGGAGGAUGGGUACCACCAGCAAUAGUAGCCUGAUGUCAAUACUGUCAUAGACAAUAAUUCUAUGAAUGAACGAUGUACACAUAAAAGCCUCAUCUUACCGACCCUGCCAUCUUUCUCUUGCGUAAUAUUAUAUUUAUAUCAAGAUUUUCAUCUAUGUAAACAUUAUUUAGGUAAAGUACAAAUUAUACGAAUACAAAUAUGUAUAUGAUGAAUAUGUAUAUACGAGUAUAUAUACUCAACAUGCAUUUAAUAUGAAAUUUCUUACAAUGUUUGAUAUUCCGUAAGUUUCGUGAUGAAGUAAAUUUAUAUGGUACGAUUAUGUUAUAACUUUGCAUUUAUGAAAUUCCAAGGUAACAUUUAUAUUAUAUAACAUCUAAAUAGGAAAGUGUAUAUGAAUCUUCUGACCAAUUGUUUAUUGGAACUCCUUGAAAUAAUAACGAUCGAUGUUGCGAUAUUACAGCCAAUUAUAUUAACAAUAUUAAUUCAACAUAAAAUAAAAAUAUCGCUACGUGCAUAUACGCGUUCUUGCAUGAGAAGAACAGAAAUCUUAGUUUUCAAAACGAGACAUUAAAUGUUUGUAUAAACAUUUAAAAAAACAGAGAAGAUAGUUCUAAAUACGAAUAUUUUCAAUUUUAUGUUGAAUUGCAGUAUUUAUAUACCUCAGACUUCUAUAUAUAGAAUUUUCUAUUUUCAUACGUGAUGUAUGUAAAAUCAAAUGGUAGCAGGGUGCUUUUGGUAACAUGUGAUAAGACAUUCUAUAUUAUUUAAGACGUGUAUUGAUGUUGAAAAUUUAUACAUAUAUAUAUUUUAUCUACCGAAAUAAAUUUUUAUUA